GUUCAACAUCGCAGUCACUAUGUAACGUCUGAAAUUAAACAACUCUAUCAAUAAUGGCAAUUCGUCUUCUUUUUACUCUUUUUAUUUUUCUUCGUGAUGUUGUGGUUGCUGCUGAAAUAAAGGUGAUGGAGGGAGAUUCGCUGACUCUAAACACUGAUGUUACCAAACAACAGCAUGAUAAGAUCCUGUGGUACUUUAAUGACACCCGCAUCGCUCUGAUCAAUGGAGAAGCCAGUAAGAGCUGUUUAUAUGAUGGUGAGGGCGGGAGAUUCAGAGACAGACUGAAGGUGGACUAUGAGUCUGGAUCUCUGACCAUCACGAGCAUCACAGCUAAACACACUGGAGUUUAUGAAGCAGAGCUCAUCAGAAGAGAGAGCGCAGGAAUCAGCCAAAGCCUGAACCGAAAGCCCAAGUGUGACGGCACUAAAGUCACUCAAAAAAUGAGCACCAUUGGAGAAACCAUAAAAACAUAUUUUGUUUCCGUCAGUGUCUCUCAGUCUAGACAAGGCAAAGCUAUUGAAGAACUGAAUACAAUUAAAAAGGAGCACGACAGCAUUUUCAGAGUUGAAGUUCAGUUCAGUGUGGUUUAAUUUUCACUGCUGAGAGUUCAAACACUGAAGAGCAAAUCCAUCGACGUGCGGCUCCACAUGUCCUGAAUCAUGCAAGCUAGUGGCGACCGCGGCGGGGAAAAAACUUCACCAAUUGUCGAAAGUGAAGAAUUAAAAAACCUCGAGAGAAACCAGGCAUGGACAUGACCAUUUCUCCUAUGGCCAAACAUCUUGUGCAGAGCUGCAGUCUAGACGCCGGAGGCUGGGAAGCGCUGGACGUCCAUCGUGGAGAAGCUGCAGGUGGGAGAGGUCACCGGCUGUUGUACAGGCUGUCCCUUCAGGAUCAAUGCUAGGACUCGUCUGUCACUGGGGUCUUACAGGGUCAGUCUCAUGCUCUCCACUCCUCCAUGACUACCACAGCAGCUGCUCAGGAUGCGGCCGGGUCCAGGAUUAUGGAAACCUCGGGAAUAAUAAAAACAGACUAACAUAAGCGCAGAUGCCGUUCAAAUUAUUACCUCUUAAGGGAAUUGUUCCUGGCUCCGGUUGCCCUAAAUAAUGUAGACUAACAAUGCUGUAGAGGGUUUGGAUUUCAACAGCAUUUGUUUUAUGUGUAUGCUAAUGCAAGGAGAUGUGUCCUUAAUCUAGUUUAACUGACAGAGUGUGUCUGCUUCCGGAACUGAGCUAGAAAGGCUGUUCCAGAGUUAAGGUGCCAGAUAUGAGAAAGAUCUACCGCCUACAGUUAAUUUUGAUA